UUCCUCCCUUCUCCAUGCCUUCAUUGCUGUUGUCACGUGAAGUAGAGUUCUGAAAGUGUAGCUUUAGUUUCUCUGCCUCCGACGACCCGUUGUUGCUGUAGGAUCGGAAGUCGGCACGGGAGAUCACCGCUAAGGCAAUGAUAUCUCUUCCUUUCGCGCGCUUCUUCGGCUAAAUCGGCCAAAAUAUCGGAUUUACAAAAUCUGGGAUUUAGGGCAAAAAUGCUAAAAAUACCGUGAAGUCGAGCUUAAACUUUAGCUCAAAUAUUGUCUAAAGCCGGCCUAAAUCUGCAUCCAAACAGGCUUACUUUCUCUGUGGCCACAUAUUCUCAAGAGUAACGGAAGCUAACUUGCUCUCUGGACGAGGCAUCUUGUUACAGUUUCAACAGUUGGGAUACCCCCACCUCUCUGAUUUCGGAAACCAUAUAGCAAUCUCAGAAGGUUUACAAUUUAGCUAAUUCCAAACAAAGAGUAAUUCUCUUAGCAAAUCGAUAAAUUGAUGAGCUCCGGCUUCCGAACCCAUGUCCUUCUUGAUAUUGGCUCUUGCUCACUUUGCUACAGGGAGAUUAGGGUUUUAGAGUAAUCUAAUUGGCCGCUGUUCUCCAGUGUUACAUGUGAAUCAAGCUUGUUAUUGUUCUAAUGAAGUUAUGGGAGAGAGAAAUGAAAUGUAGUGUUGGAAAAACUUAGUUCGCAUUGGAGAAUUGAUUUGGUUAAACGCUAGGAAAGCUUAUCAUGGAGUUGAUUUUUUAUUAUAACGAAACUUGUACGCCUAAAUAUUUCAUUGAACAAGCUGCCGUCUCAAUAGAUUGAGUUCAAGUCAUAUUGACUACUAGUUCUGUGCGGAGUCUGAUUGUGUCCAUCAAUUGUGUUGCACUACUACGUCAGACUUCAAUUCCUCCCUCAUGCUCACUAGGGUUGCAGGGCUUCUCUUGCUUGGAUUAUGGUGCUUUAAAUAUGAAUUGUUUUCCAUACAAUCGUACAGUGCUGUUGUGACACUUGCAGGUUCAGCAUAUGGAUUGACAUGUUCUGUCCCGAUUGGAAAAAACCACAGGAAGAGGAUUUGAGGAGUAAGAAGAGGAUUUUUUUAUCUUGCUUCGAGACAUUUUUAGCCGCCGGCCCAGUUCAAAAAGUUGUCCGGAUCGAGGAUCUUAGAAAGGGAAUGAACUUGUGGAUUAGCAGUUCAGGACUGAUCCAAGUUGAUAGAAAGAUUAAAAGAUGAUAAAAAUCUCAUCUAAUGGACUGGUUCAAAGGAGGUCAUGCCCUUGUGGUGAUGAUCAAUGCUAUAUCAUCACAGAAGGGGAGGAAGGACAUUCAGUCUUUGAAUCCAUGGGAUCUGGGGACCCCAACUAUUUAGUGGGAGGAAGCCAGAUUUGCUCAGAGGUUGCCACAAACAUUCUCCCACCAUAUGUUGGGCAAUCUUUCCAUAGUGAUGAAGAGGCCCUCGAGUAUUAUAGCAACUUUGCUCGAAAUAAUGGAUUCUCGGUCAGGCGUGAGCGAUCAAAGGGGAAUCCUGAACAUCCUAUGGGAGUUUACAAGCGCGAGCUUGUUUGCCACCGUGCUGGACCUCCUUUGCCACGGAAAACUGAUGAUGUGAAGCGGCAAAGGAAUAGAAAGGCCUCACGCUGUAAAUGCGAGGCACAAAUGGUUAUAAAGAAGAAUAUUUCUGGAGGAGUUACUAGAUGGGUGGUAUUUAAUUUUAACAAUGAUCAUAAUCAUGAGUUGAUGGAUAGCAGUGAAGUGCGAUAUCCGCCCCAUCGAAAUAUAUUGGCAGUCGACCGGGAUCAAAUUCUUGCUCUUGCAAAGAGUGGCUGUACAGAGCCUCUUAUAUUGAGGGCUCUUGAGAUGGAAAGAGGACCGAGUGCUGGUCAAUUGGCAUAUGGUGAGAGGGAUGUGAAGACAUUUCUUCAAGCUUCCAAGAGCAUUAAUCGGGAGAGCGAUGGGUCGGAGCUUCUUAAAACUUGCAGGGCAAUGAAGGAGAAGAAUCCUGAUUUUCGUUAUGAUUUCUUAUCAGAUGAGAACAAUAAGCUAGAGCAUAUUGCUUGGUCUUACGCUGGUUCUAUCCGUGCAUUUAAAUUGUUUGGCGAUGUUGUCGUUUUUGACACUACCUUCCAUUUGAAGGCAUAUGAUAGGCCUGUAGGAGUUUGGUUUGGGGUCGAUAAUUAUGGACACACUAUAUUCUUUUGCUGUGUUAUUUUGCUAGAUGAAAGGCCAGAGUCAUUGGCAUGGUCCUUGCAGGCUUUUAUCCGUCUAAUGGAUGGAAAAUUCCCACGGACAGUAUUGACUGACCUAAAUAUGAAGCUUAAAGAUGCAAUCUUGACCAACUUUCCUAAUGUGAAGAAUGCCUUCUGUAUCUGGCAUGUAAUAUCCAAGCUACCAAGCUGGUUUUCUGCUUUGCUCGGUGCUGAAUUUGAUAGAUUUAGAAUUGAGUUCCAGAGGAUAUGUGAUUUAGAGACUAUGGAGGACUUUGAGGAUCAAUGGGCUAAUAUGAUCAUGGACUUUGGACUUGGGGAAGAUAAGCAUGUAUCCCUUCUAUAUUCUAACAGGUUCUACUGGGCAUUACCAUACUUGCAAGGUUGGUUUUUUGGUGGUUUGUUGACAGUCGGUCAUUCCUUGUCUAUUCAAUCUUUUUUUAAAGGAUUCCUGCACUCACAGACCCGUCUGAAGGAUUUCAUAGAACAGGUGGGUGUUGCAGUUGAUUUCCAGAAUCAAGCAGGAGAAGAAGCAACAACACGAGAAAGUCAACAUUCUGUCAAUCUUAAAACCUGCAUGCCGAUUGAAGAACAUGCUUCAACAAUUCUUACACGCUAUGCCUUCGACAUGUUUCAGAAGGAAAUAAUGGCAUCAGCACAAUAUGCAGUAUAUGAAACAGCACCUGAGAAUUACCUUGUAAGGCACCAUCUGAAGUCUGAUGGAGGGCAUUUUGUCAGCUGCGUACCUUCCGACGAAGACCUUCACUGCAGCUGCAAAGGAUUUGAAACGAAUGGCAUAUUAUGCAGACAUGCUCUUCGUGUUCUUUCAUUGAAGAACUGUUUCUUUAUUCCUGACAAGUAUUUGUUGAUUCGCUGGCGACGAGAAAGCUCUCUGUUUCCCAAAAGCAGCAGCAAUAAGUAUCGGUCGCAAGCGCUGCGAUCUCUCGCCUCGAUUAUAAUCCAGGAAUCCGCAUUAACAAAGGAUCGAUUCGAUUAUGUGGAGUGGCAUCUGAGCAGACUUCUCAGCCAUGUUAGGGACAUGCCAGCCUUAGAUGUGGCUGCAUCAGAUGUGGAGCAAAGUUCAUGUUUUCAAGAUGUUGUAGAUAUUGCCACUGCGCCAUCAAUCAGUAGAGGGAGACCAAGAAAAGUUAAACAAUUUGUCAAGCCAGGAAAGCAAUCUUCAUCGUAGAGCUGCUUAUAUUCCUCUCUUUCAAUGCUGCUGUUCUUCGCUUAUGGAAAUUCUCUGUUUCUGCUGAUGAUUAGCAUUUUUAACUAGUGGGGAUCAUAGUGUGAUGUGAGAAUGGCACCUUGGUGCUCCAUUGUUCUCUGAAAUUGUAUUUCAUUGUAUAUAUGUUUGUUACUUUGCUUGCCAUGUAAAUAGUUAUUUGACUAUUAUUUUUUUACUACUUUCAAACAAAAUUUUGUACUA